AUGCGUCAAGUAGUGGAUUUGAAGGCAUUUUUGUCGACUGAACCGACCCAUGCUGUAGUUCUUUUUGACAGGAUUAUCAAAGAGGGCAAGUUAUAAUUAGGACACGUUUCAUUCAGAAUUUAUGAGUUCAGAAGAUGAUGACACAAUUCAAGAAGCAUGCCAGGCCAUGGCCAACUACAUCCGACAUUCUAGUGUCUACAAAAGGAAACUCAUUCAGGCACAGGUUCGAAUUCUCCCCAAAACUUCGAUCCGAUUCCUCGAUCUUUACAGCUGCAAAACUGCUCCCUUCUCUGCCGAAUGUACCUGUCCUUCCAGUUUCACAGCUUCAAAGAUUCAAUGUUUCCACGACGACUUCUAUUCUUUGGACAGAGUGUUUUCGAGGGAAAUGUUCUUCAGAAGCCACGUACGUGUUCGCUCUUCUGUCCACUCGCAGAAUUGGAUUAUAUUCAGAGCGUCGUCACCACGUGAUCGCCGUCGGAACGAAUCGCUUCUUCAAUCUUGGAGUCAUUUCCGACGGCAGUCCGGUCGAAGAGCCCCGUCUUGUUUGUGUUCCUCCGGUCACAAAAAUCGAAAUGACCAACACGCACACGGUGUUUUUGACUGUAGACAACCGGCUGUUCGGGUGCGGAAAGGCAUCGUCAUUCCUUCCGGAGCUGGCCGAGCACGCGGACGGAGGAUACGUGGCACUUCCCACACUCAUCCAAGUACCCAGAGUGGCCGAGGACGCGAAGAUCACAGAGAUACGGGUGAUAGAGGGCGGAUCGCAGUUUCUGAUUGACGAUAUUGUGAGUGUCGCGGUUUUCCCUAGGUGAUUUGACUGUCUUUCCAGUGGCAUUUCGUUGGAAAGUGUGACAUCCCGUCGGUUCCUGUCUCCUCGAAUUGCCGUAUUCCAUUGAAAAAAGUUUGCUUCCCUCCGGUCACAUACCAAAUGGCCAAUGUUCCGUUCGAAAAGAGCACUAUGAAAGUGAGCUCAUUUCUUUGCUCCCUUUUUUAUUCCCUGUCUCCAGAUCUAUUUGAGCCUAAUUGAAGGAAGCUUGUACUGGGAUCGUAGUCCCCAAUUCAAUGCCCGGAAAGAGAUUGCUCUGAUUGUGAACGGGAACCUCAUUAGCGCCCAUUUCGAAAGUUUUCAAGUGCUCACCGACGCAACCGUUUACGCAUCGAAAAAUGGAUUACUGAAAGGAAAAUUGGAGUUUUGGAAAAAUCUCGAUGACGGUUUCACAGUGAAAAACGGAACAGUAAUGGAGCACUUCGACACAAAAUACACCCUGAUCGCUCUGAUGGAAGAGGUUCCCGGCUCUAUUGGAACCGAGUUCUUUGCUGCUUCUCCAGAUGGAAACAACCUGAUUAUGCUGGUGGCGAACCGUCUAUUUUAAACUUUAAAUCGUUGCUUCAAUUCAGAGGAGUCACCAAGUGGAAGACUUGAGCUCGAAUCGCUCGUAUUUGUUUCAGUCUCUCCGAACUCAUUUGAUAUUUGUGAAUCGAAAAAGGCAAUGCGAUCCAGUGGACAUUCCCGAUGAUUUGGCGGUGUUUAAUGUUGGAGGGACCUAGUUAAUGACAGAAUUUCAGGUGUGUUUCCACUCGUUUGACACAGAAACCAUUGAGUAUCGGACAAACCGGCUGGUCUUCGAAAUGAUGUUUCCAGAAGUGAAACACUUGAUUCGCGACAACGAGUUUCACUUUCCUCCGGUAAUUAGUCACGGAAAAGCUGAAAGAAAACUCUGAUAUUGUAGGUUCCAAUGAAAGGAAUUUUGAAAAAUGAAGAAAUAUUUUUGAACGCUUACUUGUUGAACGUGGAUCUUGUGAACCCUCGCUCCCUGCCCGCCCCAACUGAUCCCAACAAAGAAUUCGUGCCCGAAGGAACCGAUCCGAGCAUGAUAUGGUGGCUGACCACUUCCGACGGAGCACGCGUUCCGUGCCACAAAUACCUUCUCCUUCUGCAUUCGCGUCAAAUCGGAGCCAUGCAGAGAUUCAAUACAAAUAAAAUUCCGAUUUACGGGGAUUAUCAACAAGAGGAAGUGGCGGAAGAGUCAGUGGAAGUGACAGCGAAUGCGACGGAGGAAACCGUGCGGAGAGCAAUGCGUGGAAUGCUCAAUCCAGCCACUCUUUACGAUAUAAAAACGAUCGAGGUGAGAAUGAAACAGAAAAAAAAGAAGAAGUGUCUGAUGCCCGAAUGUUUAGCUGAUCGAGUGUAUCAAUUUCUACGAUUAUCAUCUGAUGGACGAAUUGUUCAGUGAUUCGAUGCACGUGCUCAUGGAGACAGUCACUGACUUCACCCUUCCUUUCCUCUAUGAACUCUUCUUUUCAUUUGGGAACCAAGUUCUCGAAGGACUUCUCGAAAGACCAUACCUCCUUUUCAAUUCGAUUUCUUCGGCGUUUCCCCCGAAAGAACUUCUGACUCAGUGAGUUCUCCUCUUUUUUCGUUUUUCCUUCAAUUCAAUGCUUCUCUCAGAUUUGUCGAGCGAAGGAAAGACUGCAAACCAAUCCCAAACGUCGGCAGUCUUAGCAACUAUGACUCAUCCGACAUUGUUCGAUAUUUCAUUGACUUGGACCAAGACUCCGAAGACGUCGUUUGGCGAUCGAUUCGUGAUGAGUUCGGGUGCAGUUUGGAUGCCGCAAUGACCGAAGCGAUGCGGAGAAAAGACAGAAAAAAGGCGGUGCGGAGUAGGAACAACAGUCGAACGUACCGACCCGCGCCCUCCGGGAUAGCUGCUAGCUCUUCUCCAGUAAGUCAGAUAAGGAAAAUUUUGAGAGAAAGGCUAAAUGUUACAGAUUCCGAUAAGAGACAAUACGAAAAGUGGAAGCUUGACCAGCUCAAUCGGAAGUCCGAUUCAGUCCCCUUUGGCCUUUUCGAUGUCUCCCAUGACAAAAAGUAUCCCAGUUCCCAAGCAGAAUAGAACUAAUAGUAUCUCGAAUUCACUGGAGGACUUUCCCGUGAUGGGCGCCUCUUCUUCGCCGCCUUCUCCUUCUUCUUCGUGGACUCCCAACAAGGCCAAGUGUCCGGGCGGUCGAUUCGUUCCGAAAGGGACUCGUUUCGUCAAUGCCAAUCAGAUUUUAAAACCUACAUUGCCUGCGAAUGCGUGGAAAGUAUCAAAAACAAUUGAAGAAGAGAACGUGCCGAAGAGCUCACUGAAUUUUGAUGAGAUCAUCCAGAAAGAGAAAAAAUUGCAAACGAAAAUAAGUGAGUGGAGAAAUGAAAUGAUAGGAAAACGAUAGAAUUCACAGAAACUGGAUUCAAGAAAGUGCAAUUGUUGCCGCACGUGGAGACGGAAGAGCUGGCAGGCGCUCAGAUAUUGGAAGUGUUCCGGAGAGAAUUCCACGACGAAGCGCUCAUUUGUGUAGCCGAUUCCCUGUCGAUCACGGAAAUAAUCUGAAUUUUAGGUCGAAUUGAUGAUGAAAGAUGAUUUGGAGGUUGAGAACGAGCAGAUUGUCUGGGGAAAUAUGCCAGGACUUGUUCGCCGUUAA